GGAGGAGUGCUCCAGGUGCCGGAGCUGUGGCCCCUGCAGCCUGUGGUGCAGACCGUGGUGGAGCAGCUGUGCCCCUGCAGCCCAUGGGGGACCAUCGGGGUGCAGAAACUCCCCUGCAGCCCAUGGAAGAGCCCAUGCUGGAGCAGGUGGAUGGAGGAAGGAGGCUGUGACCCCUUGGGAGGCCCGAGAUGGAGCAGGGUCCUGCUGGAGACCUGCAGCCCGUGGAGAGGGAAGCCCACGCUGGAGCAGGUUUUCCCAGGUAGGACUUGUGGCCCCUGUGGGGGACCCACGCCUGUACAGCUCAUCCGUGAAGGACUGACCCCGUGGAGGAAUGACCCACGGGACAGCAGUUUGGGAAGCGGCGGGAUGCGGCGCUGGCGGGGCGCGGGGCUGGCGGCGCUGGCCGCGGUGCUGCUCGGUGCGCGGGGCUGGGACCGUGGGGGUCGGGGCUGGGGUCCCUCGAGGCUGCCGUCCCCUCUGGCUACUUCACGGACCUCUGUCCCCAGAUCAUCGUGCAGUCCAUCCCUCUCUCUUGACCUCACCCCUCCACAUUUCAUUCACACAUUCCUCUCUCCAUGGUACCGUCAGCUCCCUGGCCGAGAACCCGCACUCCUUGUGAGCAGUCAGAAAGGGGUCAGAGAGAUGCCUGGCCAUCCUGGGUGGCUGUCGGUGUCGCCAGACCGUCGCUGGAGCACCCUCUGGCUCUCCCGGCCCCGGGUUGGGGACGCGGUGGUGUAUUACUGUGCCCUGGCAGACACGGCCAGAGGAGCCGGGGCUGCGGCCGGGCACGAACCGCCGCGGGCAGGGCCGGGGGCACAGCGCCGGCCGGGGACAGCAGGGCUUUGUCACAUGUUGCAAAUCCCACCUGAGCUCAGAUUCAGUGACACCCUCGUCUUUGGAGCUUUCAGGGGAUUUUCUCAGAAAUACACAACUCAGUUAAUUGUUUCUACAGCGGAGCAAAGUAGCGUCCCUUUGAAAACAGGGUGUUCCACUCCUACAUAAAGCACAGGCUUGUGUCAGAAUGUCUGGGUGCCAAGUGACAUACACAGCACAGCACAGGUCGGGGCAUACUCCAGUCAGCUGCAAUGUGUGUCCCUGACUUCUCCUGAGAAAUCGUCUCCUGGAUAUUCUGAUCCGUUCUGGGCAGGCACCGAGAUUCUCUGGUUCAUGGGCAUCUUUUGUUUGGGUAGGGGGAUAAUUCUGACCUUGCCCGCAGUGUGGAAAAGGGACAGACAGAAAGACAGUGAAACUGGCCUUGUUGGCCCGAAAUCAGCAGCAGCGGAGCGAGAGCUGUGGACGGACAGCAAGAGAAGGGCUCCGGAGACAGAACCUGCAUUUCUCUGCCUCUUCCCUGGACACAGCUGUAGGGGGCAGGUGCCGUCACCACUCAGCUGCACCCACGCGCCUUCUGACCCUGACAACCUGCUGCUCUGUGGAGUUCAGGGCCAGAACAGAGGACGGUAUCCCUGGAAUAGGCAGCAAAUGAACUUCCCAGGAGGGUGUUACGAUCUGCUUAAAUAUUGCAGAAAGA